UAUAAAAAGGGAGCUAGGAAAAUCAAAAGGCACAGUAUUCAACAUACUCGAAAGGAAGCGUGGCAUUCUCUUGGCUCUUUGAUCUCAAACAGAAUGGAGCCAAUUCCAAAGCUUCUAGCGGGACUUGUUCUGCUGACAUUAUGUGUGGUGGGCUGCUCCAGCCAGCACUGGUCCUACGGGUUGCGCCCUGGAGGAAAGAGAAAUGCAGAAAAUUUGAUUGACUCUUUCAAAGAGAUAGCCCAAGAGGUUGAUCAACUAGCAGAACCUGAGCACUUCGAAUGCACCAUUCACCAGCCACGCUCUGCCCUCAGGGACCUGAAAGGAGCUCUGGUGAGUCACAGUGAUAAUAACAUGAUGCUUUAG